UCGUAGAAUACGACUUUAUAGACUGAUCAAGUGAUAUACUAUUGUGUAUGGUGUCAUUGUACAUAAAUCUACACAAUAACACAAAAAGUAUUAUUCGUAGACGACUUCGACGUAACGAAAAUUCAUUAUCGGUUCCUGUCACUUAUCUCUUAUUUUCCGGACAGAAAAUUUCGAUACUGAAUGUUUCACUGAUGAGUGAAAGUGAAAUGUUAUGAACUUACUUGAGUGAUAAUUGUUGCUGUCCGACAAUGUGUAUACGCGCAUUUUAAAAACAGAAAUCAAUUGUGCUUUUCCUGUAAUGAAUGAAAUAUGAAUGGACUAUGUGUUUGAUUUAAAGAGAAAGUGUCUGCGUAUAUGUGAUGCUACUGGAACAUUAACACAAAUGUAAAUAUUUUGAAACGUGACUAAAAUAAUCUGUGUAAAAAUGGUGAUUCCUGGGAUACUCUUUCUCAGAUCAGAAUGAGUCAGCGAAGGAGAGGUGACGACAGCGGCGGAUGAGGAGGCGCCAGUACGGCUAGCACCGCGACCCCCAGCCAGCCGCCGUCCAUGGUAGGCGAUCGGGAUGGCGAAGGGCUGGCAGUGCGGUGGGACUCGGCGACGGCGACGACGACGGCCGCUGAGGCGGUGGACGGCCGAGGGGUGCGCUACACCUCCGUGCCGCAGACGUCGCCGCCGCCUCUGCAGCUGCAGCAGCCGCCGCCGCCGCCACCUCUGCCGCUCCAGCUGCAGCGGCCCUACUCCCGUUCCAUGUCCUCGCUACCCCCGGAGCCCUUCAUGAUAAUGCGCUCCAAGGCGCUCAACCGACGCGUCUGCAUCAACGUGGGGGGCGUCAAGCACGAGGUCCUCUGGCGGACGCUCGACCGCCUACCACACACGCGUCUCGGCCGCCUCCGCGACUGCAACACCCACGAGGCCCUCAGCGAGCUGUGCGACGACUACUCGCUUAUCGACAACGAGUAUUUCUUCGACCGACACCCCAAGUCUUUCAGUUCCAUCCUCAACUUCUACAGGACGGGAAAACUGCAUCUGGUGGACGAAAUGUGUGUGCUUGCUUUCAGCGACGAUCUAGAGUACUGGGGCGUCGACGAACUCUAUCUAGAAUCGUGCUGUCAGCAUAAGUACCACCAGCGAAAAGAGCAUGUACACGAAGAAAUGCGGAAGGAGGCCGAGUCACUUAGGCAGCGCGACGAAGAGGAAUUUGGAGAGGAUAAGUGCUCACAAUAUCAGAAAUGGUUGUGGGACAUGCUGGAAAAACCAACCACAUCGAUUGCAGCCAGGGUGAUUGCCAUCGUGUCCAUCUUGUUUAUUGUGCUGUCCACUAUCGCCCUAACGCUCAACACCAUUCCAAGUAUGCAGGUCAACGAGAAUGGCAGUUUCCAAGAUAAUCCCCAGUUGGCAAUGGUAGAAGCAGUUUGCAUCACGUGGUUUUCGUUAGAGUAUAUUCUAAGAUUUAGCGCUUCGCCAAAUAAGUGGAAGUUUUUCAAAGGUGGCCUGAAUAUCAUCGACUUACUAGCCAUAUUGCCUUAUUUUGUUUCUCUAUUUCUCCUGGAGACUAACAAAAACGCCACUGAUCAGUUCCAAGACGUUCGACGUGUCGUACAAGUGUUCCGUAUAAUGCGAAUUUUGCGAAUCCUCAAGUUGGCGCGUCACUCUACGGGUCUCCAAUCGUUGGGGUUUACGUUACGAAACUCUUACAAGGAAUUGGGUUUGCUCAUGUUGUUCCUAGCCAUGGGCGUCCUCAUAUUUUCCAGCCUCGCUUACUUCGCCGAGAAGGAGGAGCCGGGCACUAAGUUCAGCAGUAUACCGGAAACGUUCUGGUGGGCUGGCAUCACGAUGACAACUGUAGGUUACGGAGACAUAUACCCCACAACAGCGCUAGGGAAAGUUAUAGGAAGUGUAUGUUGUAUAUGCGGUGUCUUGGUAAUCGCGUUGCCCAUUCCUAUCAUUGUCAAUAACUUCGCCGAGUUUUACAAGAACCAGAUGAGGCGAGAGAAAGCGCUGAAACGGCGCGAAGCCCUCGAACGCGCCAAGAGGGAGGGCAGCAUCGUGUCCUUCCACCACAUCAACCUGAGGGACGCUUUCGCAAAGAGCAUGGAUCUCAUCGAUGUUAUUGUAGACACAGGCCACAAUAUCUCUCACGUCGAUGGUAACAGCACUGAAGGGGAAUCGGCCAGCGGACGAAAUCCGGCUCAAACGGGCACCGGAUGUUAUAGAAACUUCGAUCAUUUCCCUAACAGACAUCGACGAAGCAAUUCUUCCACAACACCUUGUCUUCCUACCGGCGAUGGACCACCAUUACCCGCUUCUCCUCUUUCGCAACGUCGCCUGCUGGAACUCGCGCCUCCAGAAGAACAACAAAUGCAACAAAACGUUCCGUUGGCACCUCUUGCACAAGACGAAACGCAACUGAUCGCGGCUACUCCCAGGGGAUACAUAUCACCAGGGGCUGACAGCAAAAAAUCUGAUCCCAUGAGGAGGAUUGAGAAAGUUGAUGAAAUUCCUAGCGAAUUCGAAUGUUGCUUUUGCACCUCGAAGGAUUUCAAAGAAUUUGUUGACGCGGAAAACUUGAUGCCUCUGCCGACAAGUGACUUCCGCAAUCCCGUCUGUCUGGAAAUGAGGACGUUGAAAGCAGAACAAGUCUACAAUAAUUUCGGUGAGGUAGAUAUCAAGCAGAAAAAUAUUAACAACAAUAACGGCGACUUGGCAAGCAUGGAUAGUUCGGAUACAUUUGCAAGCUGUACGACGCACCCCUUCAACUCUCAGGGAGAUCUCACAUCCGACAUUGUUGAUCCCUCAUGUGUAAUAGACAGUAAUCUUUAUGUAAAUCCCUUGGAUAAAAGCGGGGAUAACAGUCCGGUUACUCCGGCGCCCGGAAGAACUGGAGGCGUCAAAAAAUCCGCUUCCGGAGAUACGGCACUUAGGAGCUUGGGAACAUCACCCAUGGAGGAGGCGUUCAGGGGAUUUGGGCCAUUGGACAGGGGUAGUCGAGUUAGCCUGAACGACUCGCCUUUACCUAAAAGUAGAAGAACAAGAUUCCAACAGGGUGGACGGCCACGAACAAGAUUUGGUGAUGCUUUUGGGCGAGAGUCUCAGGAAAGUCUUGAAACAAAGAGAAAGAAGACUUCGUUUAUUCCAACAAGAGGACUGGCGUCAGCUACGAGGAUCAUAAAUCAACAUCUUUUUGGCCUGCAGAAUUUGAGCGGAUCAAGAGCAAGCAAAAACAGCGGCAGCAAAUCGUCACUGUCUGUGGAUUCUAUAGACAGCCGAGUGAGUCCGCAAUUAGAGCACCAUCGGCGUUCCAAAUCAAUCCUGAAGAAGUCCGACAGCAGCGGAAACCGCAACGCAGAUCCGGAAAGCGAGCGUUUAAUCUCCGACAACAUGUCCGGUUAUGAAAUCGGUUCCGGCAGCGAGUAUUCUCCGAAUAAGCGAGUUUCAUCUCCUCAACUGAGGCAUCGCGUGCUCAGCCAAAAAACUCUAACGAAAAAUCUUCCUCCCUACUAUCAACAAGACAAUGAAAAAAACAGGACAUUAAAGUCGCAGUUGUUUUUGUUAGACGAUAUUAUUAAUAAGGAGAAACAGUCCUGUAAGGAAUCAGUGCUCGAUUCGAAUAAAUUGAAAGAGUGUGGUGAUAGUGUUGGUGAUGUGCCGCUAUACAUCUGUCCCCCGCCUCCUCCAAUGGACGAUAAUUCACCCAAUGAAGAGACCAGACUGCUUCUUCAUCCCACCGUGGUUGUUCCGUCAUCCAGACAACCCGGAAACGCUAUUUCCAAAGGACCCAAUCCGUCCUCGUAGCAUUCGAAGGAGUUUGAACCAUUCCCUAGAUUUAGUACGGACAGAAACGGCCAGGAGUUAAGAGGAGUAAAAGUGGAAGAGCUUCUGAUAUGGAAAAUCAUUCGGCAACACGGAGUGACGUUCGUCCACAAUUCCCACGAAAAAUAGAAAAGAUGGUGCAUAAAAAGUGCUUUGUUGUUGGAGACAUUUGUAACGUUUUUAGAAUUAACUUUGAAGUAAAUGCAUUGUUAUUUUUGCCACAAAUAUAUUCUAAAAAUCACAUGUUAAUAAAACAAAUUUCAGACUUUUACAUGCAAUGUUUAGUGCAAUCAGCUAAUGCAUUUUGCAAAGGUUCACAAGUGAUAGAUAAGGUGUUCGGUUUCGUGAAGGUAGGAACUUAGGAAAGCUCAUGUCAUGCAGUUUAACGGAAUUAUCCUUAUCUCCUAGCUGCGGAGAGUCCCUAAGUGUUAAUCAAAUUAUAAAUAGCCACUGAUUGCGAAUUUCAUCCAAAACAAAGAGGGAAUACCUAUGUGUAAGAAUAGCAACAUGGUUGUGUGUGUGGUUUACCAAAGUUAGUCAAUGAAUUCAGCAAUACUGAAAACAGCCUCACUGCUUUCUAUUUGAACGUGAUCUCGCAGUCAUUUUUCUACUAAAUCAAAACUUUACUAUAAUUGCCUACAUUUUCUAAAACACUUUAUGCGUGAGAGUGCCACAGCAAAGCAGCGAGGUUGUUGAGGUGUAAUAUGAAAAAAGUACUACGACUGGCCAAGCUUAUUUUUGUCUGUGAUUAAAUUAAUUUUAAGCAAAGUAAAUGUAAAGAUAUUGUUACAUGACCUUAUUUUGGAAAUACUUAUUUUUAUUAAUACUAUUUUGCAUCCAUCGGACGGAAACAGAGAUUUAGUAUGUCUUUACAAGGCGACGUAGACUGCUUUACAACAAAUUUUAUACUACAAUAGCCAUCGAGAGCGUAACGUAAAUUUACGUACCAGUAUCUUAUUUCAACAUGCACGAUUUUCUGUUUUAUUUUGUAUUUAAAUGAAAGUUACAAUAAUAAUGCAAAUAAUGUUGUUAGAAAUGUUGGUGUGAUAGAUGCCCUUGUUGUAUGUGUCAAUCGCUACAUACUAAAUCAUGAAAAAAAGUUGUUACAAAUUGUUUUAUUUUCACAUGUUUAGAAAGUUAUUAUUAAAUAUCACAGAUAAUGUUUAAUAUAUUUUUUAUUUUGAUCAACAAUGUCUUUUGCCGUGAAAUAAUACCUGCAUUUUUAUUUUUGUGACUCAUAACUUUUAUAAACGUUAUUACGAUCACAAGACAAAAUAUAUAAAUCAAAAGAUUUGCCAAUGCCGACUAUAUUAUAUUUAGAAUCAGGUAUUAUAAGCGGUAAUAACGUACAGUAGGUAAUAAUUUUUGUAAUUGCACAGAUGUUGAAGCGCAUAUGAUUUCAUUCCUAGCUUUAAUUUAUUCUUUUGAAAUAAUAAUUAUUACAAAACUG